GGCCGACCGACCGCGGUCAACACCACAGAUGUCCAUGACGUCUAUCGCAGCCAUCGAAGAAGGACGACCCAGCAGCAUCGACGAGGGGAUGCUGCUGACAUCUGUCCUUCACCGCCGCGCCGUCGCGACCCCAUCGAAGGUCGUGUACUCGUUCACAUCAUCAUCGACAUCAUCCAACGUGGACAUUACAUUUGCAUCGUUGGAUGCAUCGGCUCGUCGCAUCGCAGCGACGCUGACCAGAGCUCCUAAAGGCAUUGACCGACCAGCGUUUAAUCGCGGAGACUGCGUGCUGUUGUGGUACCCUCCCGAGGGUAACACGUCCCACGACCUCGUUGCUGCCUUCUGGGGCUGUCUGUAUGCCGGAGCCGUCGCCGUGGUAGUCGACGAACUCAAGAGUUUGCACCGCUUGCUUCGCGACACCCAUGCCGUGUUGGGGUUGACCACGUCGGCGUUUGUUCGGCAGCGAAAGCUCGACAAGGUCAAGGACGCGCUGCAUUUGCCAAAGCUGUUCCAGAAGGAACGACGAUUAUCGCAAACUUCAUCUGCCACGAACGAUGCGGCGGCUGCCGCCGCCAGUCGAGUCACAUGGCUCACCCACGACCGCACAGUCAUCACACCUUCGAAACCAACCGACCUCCACCACCUCGACGCUCAGGCGGGUGCUGGAAAAGCUCCCAUGACAACUCCAUACUCCGCCACCGUGGCAUGUGUGGUGUACACUGCUGGCACGUCUGGGUCUGGGCUAGGCGGGAAACCCGUGCAGCUAACUCAGGCCAACUUGGCUGCCGCCGCCGCCAGCUCCUGCGGCUGGCUCGAAUCCACCGACACACUAGUUGGCAUCCUUCCGCUGCAUGUAGCCAGUGCGUUGGUUCAGUCGGUGGUGGUCCCAGUGCUCUACGGCUGCCGUAGUGUGCUGGUCACAGACUGGCUCGCCGACCCCCUGCGAUGGAUGGCCGUGGUAUCAACUGAGCAAGCAGUGUACACAUUUGCCCCGCCCCGCGCGUUUUCAUUGGCUACGAGGUGCCAAGACCGAGCCACGCCAGCCACCCGUUUGUCAGCCCAGCCAUUGAACCUGUCGAGUCUCGUCACGGUGGCGUGCACCGGUGGUCCGCUGCUUCCGUCGACAUUGGCUGCGUUUGUACGGGCAUGGCACUUGCGUCCGGCUCAAGUGUCAUGUGGGUACUCGUUGGUGGAAGCAACGCACACAGUCACGUCGACUCAGAAUCAGACUCGGGGGAAUCAGACUCAGAACGUCCCGCCGCGUGUGCUCACGGUGAGUCGUCAGGUGUUUGAGCAGUGCCAUCAACUGGAACCGUUGCUGCAUGUGGAUUACCAUUCCCGUCCUUCAGCUGAGGACGACGGCGACUCGAACGAUGUGAUGCACCUGACGUCGUCGGGGCGACCCCUCCUUAACACAUACGUGGUCGUGGUCGAUCCCAUCUCGUGCGUGCAAAUGCCUGACGGUCUGGUGGGGGAAGUAUGGGUCGCAGGCCGUACCGUGUCGCAGGGGUAUUUGAACCACCCGUCGUCAUCGUCGUCGUCGCAUGAUUACAAGUGGAUGCCCGGCACGUUGCAACUAUCUUCCACUGGCCACCACCACCGGCAUAGCCGCAGUAGCAGUAGCAGUAGCAGCAGCAGUAGCAGUGUCCGUCGAAGCAGCAGCAGUUGGGGGCGUCCAAGUAUGACAUGUGCUCGUCGCCAGUCUACCGUUUUCUCUACAUCUGACAAGGCAGCCAUCGAUGUCACAUAUAUCCGCACCGGUGAUCUAGGCGCGUGGUUCCAAGGCGAACUCUACGUGAUUGGACGGAGCGCGGACGUGCUGCAGCUGCCCGAUCGAUGGCUGGCCUCGCACCUCGUGGAAACUUCCGUGCUGGAAUGCAGUGUGCUUGUCGCCCGAGUGUGCGUGUACGGCGACGACGGCGUGGCCAUCGCGGCUGUGGAAACUUCGGCAGACGUCCAGCGGUUAAGAGACGGAGCCGCGGUGGCACACAGUCUCUGCAACAGCGUCAUUCAGUGCGUGAUAAAGCAUCACGAGCUGCAUGUGGCCAAGGUCAUCCUCUUACGACCCAACGCGAUGCCCUUGUCGGCGUGUGGAAAGGUCCAGCGAGGCCAACUGAAGGCCCUUGUGGCGUCGAAGGACUCGGCGGCGGUCGUAUUGGAGUUUAUGCACUACCCUCGUGGUCAGGACAAGCAGCCACGAAGAUGCGACGGGUUUUUAAUAUAACUGUAACCUCUUUUGUUGGAUGAAGG